CUACUCCUCUCAUCGGCUAAUUAAAUCGUUUCUCGGCUCGGUGCUCUUUCUUCCUUCACUCCUCUCCCCACCAAAUUUCCCCCAAAUCGCAGCAGUUCGCGGCCCGCAUUGCACCCGAAUCGGAGCUCGCGGCCGCGCAAUCUCAGAUCCGUCUCUGGUUCCUGCAGGCCGUUGGCAGCGGCCGGAGGUUUUUUUCCGCGCGGGAAAUGGGUGCCGUUUCGGUGGGUUCUUGGCGGUUCGGGAUGACGGUGGUGCUUCUUGGAUAGGGAGUGCGGCUGCGGCGGGCGGGUGGGCGGGCGAGGCUGCGUGCGAUGGCGAGCGCCGCCAGGGAUGGGAAGGUCGCCCCGUCGCCAUCGCUGCCCCUGGCGACCCUGAUCGGCCGCGAGCUCCGCGGCGGCGGCUCCGAGCGCCCGCUCGUCCGGUACGGCCACUUCGGGUUCGCCAAGCGCGGCGAGGACUACUUCCUCGUCGAGCCCGACUGCCUCCGCGUCCCCGGGGAGCCUUCGUCCGCCUUCUCCGUCUUCGCUGUGUUCGACGGACACAAUGGCGUGUCGGCGGCGGUGUUCAGCAAGGAGCACUUGCUGGAGCACGUGAUGAGCGCCGUGCCUCAGGGCAUCGGCCGCGACGACUGGCUGCAGGCGCUGCCGCGGGCGCUGGUCGCCGGCUUCGUGAAGACGGACAUUGACUUCCAGCGCAAGGGGGAGGCGUCUGGGACGACAGCGACGCUGGUCGUCGUCGAUGGUUUCACGGUCACGGUGGCGUCGGUUGGAGACUCAAGGUGCAUAUUGGACACACAGGGUGGUGUGAUCUCGCUGCUAACCGUGGACCAUCGUCUAGAGGAGAAUGUAGAGGAGCGGGAGCGUGUCACGGCGAGUGGAGGGGAGGUCAGCCGGCUGAACCUCUGUGGUGGACAGGAGGUGGGACCUCUCAGGUGCUGGCCAGGUGGAUUGUGCCUUUCAAGAUCAAUCGGGGAUACAGAUGUUGGGGAGUUCAUUGUGCCAAUUCCACAUGUCAAGCAAGUGAAGCUAUCAAAUGCUGGAGGGAGGCUGAUAAUUGCAUCAGAUGGAAUAUGGGAUGCACUGUCCUCAGAAGCUGCAGCUCAGGCAUGCCGAGGAUUGCCUGCAGAACUGGCUGCAAAGCUUGUUGUGAAGCAAGCGCUGAAGACAAGUGGACUGAAAGAUGACACCACCUGUGUGGUUGUUGAUAUCAUCCCAUCGGAUCAUUCUUCAACACCUCCAUCACUAUCUCCAAAGAAAAGCCAGAACAAGUUGAGAUCUCUUCUUUUCGGUAGGAGGUCACAUAGUUCUGUUGGAAAGCUUGGAGACAAGUCUGCCUCAUUUGGCUCCGUUGAGGAGUUAUUUGAAGAGGGUUCAGCAAUGUUGGAAGAAAGGUUGGGUAGGAAUUUUCCAUCAAAAGCAAACCCUCGCUGUGCAAUCUGCCAAGUGGACCAAGCGCAAUUUGAAGAUUUAGUGGCAGAUAAUGGAGGUGGUUGCUGCUCUGCCCCAUCAGCACAAUGGAGCGGCCCUUACCUUUGUUCGGAUUGUAGGAAAAAGAAGGAUGCAAUGGAAGGUAAGAGAUCUAGUCGCUCAACAGCGUGCAGGUGAAAUUACAAAUAGGACUAACUGGUCCUUACCCGUGCAAACUGGUCAAUCUGGUUCGGUUGUCUGCUGCGUGUAAAAAGAGGAGAAUAAUCUGUUUGUUGCUGGACCCAAGUAUUAUUUGGUGACACUAACUGCAAUCUAGCCUGAACUGAACAAAUUGGACUACUAACAAUCUUCAGAGUCUAUCAACAGCGCAGUUGAAAUUUCUGCUUGCACUGGAAAGAUAGCUCACAGGAUUUCAACCCAGUAGUUUUUUUGUUUUUUUUUAUGGUGAACCCUGGCAUGUAAAGUGAAAUGCUUAGCGUAACGUUGUAUGGAGGCUAUGGCAAGGAUCCUUGUUCUAUCUAGG